UGCGCUUCCGGUUCCGCCACGCCGAGCCGCCUUGGUCCCCCGGUGGGCUGCGUCGGGACGCGUCCUGCUCGGCAUCAUGUCCGGCGGCCUCCUGAAGGCGCUGCGCAGCGAUUCGUACGUGGAGCUCAGCCAGUACCGGGACCAGCACUUCCGGGGUGACAAUGAAGAACAGGAAAAAUUACUGAAGAAGAGCUGUACAUUAUAUGUUGGAAACCUUUCCUUUUAUACAACUGAAGAACAAAUAUAUGAACUCUUCAGCAAAAGUGGUGACAUAAAGAAAAUCAUUAUGGGCUUGGAUAAAAUGAAGAAGACUGCAUGUGGGUUCUGCUUUGUGGAAUACUACUCAAGAGCAGAUGCAGAAAAUGCCAUGCGGUACAUCAAUGGAACUCGUCUGGAUGACCGAAUCAUUCGCACAGACUGGGAUGCAGGCUUUAAGGAGGGCAGGCAGUAUGGACGUGGGCGAUCUGGGGGCCAGGUACGAGAUGAGUAUCGGCAAGACUAUGAUGCUGGGAGAGGCGGCUAUGGAAAACUGGCCCAAAACCAAUGAGUGGUGAGAGUUCCAUCAUGAAAGCCUCUCUUGUUUGGCAUGUUUUUGUACAUUACUCAAUCUGCAAACCUGCUCCUUGUACGAGCAUUUCAUCAAUGUCUCUGUUGGACUGUGAGUUUCUUCUUGGUCUUACUCUGAAAACUGUUAAAAUAUUUGAAUCUGUGCAAUGUCUAGACGAUCGGAAAGAUUUUCUUUAUAACAGGCCAAAAAUUGUGAUCUUUGGCCAUAGAUCUAUUCUGUAAGAGCCAAAACACAUUUCUUUUUGGAAGACUGGAAAAAUGUAAACGUUUUACCAUGUUUCAA